UGUUACCAAGUAGAGGCAGUUAACAUUUGAAUUAGUUUUUUUAAAAAAGAGAAUGUUUAAGAGAAUGUUGAGCAAUCUGUUAUAUUCUUUUUAAGUUUUGUUUAUAAAAUUUCUAGCUCUACUAUAUCACCAUUUUUUUAAAUUUGAUGUUUUCCUAAUUUUGUUCAUAUGUGAAGGAACUUGGUUUUUUUAAAAUCAGCUACAAUAAAAUUUCACCAGCAUGGUAAAAGAACCAAGUAUCUAGAUUUACUUCAGUUAGGUAGCUCUUCUUUCAGGGGCUUUUAAAAAGAAUUCUGUGGUGAUAACUGAAUUGCUCAUAUUCCUGAUGUAUGAGACAAGGAAAACUUUGGCUGUAAACACAUAAAUUGAAUUUUUGUUAAGAAGGUACAUAGAAUCCAUUUAGAUCAGAGUCCUGGUUUCAACACAGUAAAGUUAUUCAAUAAAUUUCCUAUUAUUGCUGCCCAUUUUCUGUCAUGAAUGGACUUUGUGCCACUUCUGACCCUCAAACUGUAAAUUAAGCGAGAUGAAAUGUUUACAAACUCCACCCUGAAAAAAAAUCAGUGAAUGAGUACAGGAUCAAUUAAAAGCUGAUUAUUCCCUUAAGACUGAUCAAGCGGUAGAAACAAACAUACUUUGUGAGUGGCUGAUAAUUUAAAAAAAAAAAACUCCCUAGGCUUUUGACAGAAUCCAGGGAAGAAGGGAAAGACGCCGAGAAAGGGAGACGGGGGCCACAAGAGUAAGGUCCUAAAAUGCUUUGGACAAGCUAAGGAUUGUUGCUAAGAAAAAUCGCGGGAGCAAACGGGUCGGACUAACUGGCAACUAAUCGAACAUGAGUGUGUGCGUGUGCGGAAGAGAGAUCCUGUUUACUGCUAUAUUUCUUCUAACCAAGCCCGCCUCCAGUGAUCACAGCCCAGGGGCUGCUUCGCGGAGGGAGGGAAGGCCAGGCGAGACCGUUCUGCAUUUAGAAGCGCCGCCGAAGCCUCCCUCCCUCCUUUCCUCAGACCGCUCCGGCGGUCGGGAGAAAAGGAGGAGGAGGAGGAGGAGGAGGCUGCCCCGCCAUGGCAUGCUGGUCGCGGAGCGCCCUGCUGUGGCUGCUGGCGGGCGCCUGUGGCCUGGCUUUGCUCGGCUAUUGCUUCUACUUCGAUCGAAAGCGGCGGAACGCCACAGACUUCAAGCAGAGGCUGAGAGAAAAAAGAAGAAAAGAACAGAAAAAAGCAAAAGAAUAUGAAGCAGAGUUACACAAGCUAAAAGAAUCUGAAGAAGUACAAGAGUUCUUUCUGCAUGAGAUACAGCUAGGGGAACUUUGGUUGACAAAAGGAGAGCAGAAGAAGAGUGUUGAGCACCUCAUCAAUGCCAUUUCUGUGUGUGCACAGCCAAACCAGCUAAUACAAGUCUUGGAGCAAACUCUCCCUCCGCAAGUAUUUGACAUGCUUGUGCACAGUAUCCCAUAUACUAUUCAAGUAGCGAUUUGAGACAGCUGUGAGCCAGCAGAAUGCUAGAGAUGAGUGAGAAUGCAGCGUUGCACAAGGUUUUUAAGAGAGUACCUAAUGACCAUUGAUAAUUCCAGAAAACCUCUCAAAAGUAACAGUAAUUCUUAUCUCUUUUACUUUGAUUAAAUAAAAAAUAAAGCUUGUUUUAGACACUUUUACAUAUAAUUUUGGACAACAGAUUUUUCUUUUAAAAUGAAUAAUCACUGUAUUAGAAACAAUAAAAAAUAAGAUAUG